CAAGUAGCCGAGAAAUUGAAACUAGGUCAGUCUGUUGAACCAGAAUCGUUUGAAAGCGUCACCGUCUUCUUCUCUGAUGUCGUUUCCUUUACAACUAUAGCCGCUAGAGGUUCUCCUUUGCAGGUUGUUAGCCUUCUUAACAGUCUUUAUAUGACUUUCGACAGUAUUAUAGACGCACAUGACGUUUACAAGGUUGAAACGAUCGGAGACGCUUACCUGUGUGUUAGCGGUUUGCCACGUCGAAAUGGCCAUCAACAUAUCAAGGAAAUUUGCAGUAUGUCUCUGGGCUUUAUGCAUGCCCUCGUCGACUUUCGCAUUCCCUAUCUUCCAAAUGAACAACUGAAUCUCAGAAUUGGAUUACACUCAGGAGCAGUUGUCGCUGGUGUAGUUGGUCUUACGAUGCCUCGGUAUUGUCUGUUUGGAGACACUGUGAACACUGCCAGCAGAAUGGAAAGCAAUGGAAAAGCUGGAAAAAUCCAUCUGUCAAGUGAGGCGAAUCGGAUGCUAGAACAAGUCGGAGGCUAUCAAACGGAGAAACGAGGGGAAGUCAUCAUAAAGGUACAGUUAAUAAUCUUAUCACCCUUGAAUACUAGAUAUAAAUAUUAG